UAUCUACGUUGUUUAUGUUUUAUGUUGUGACGUCACGGUGACGUGUCCCUUCACUGAGUCGCAUCCGCCAAUGAGGGGUCACAGGGGUUGUUUCCGGUUCUCGUCAUGUCUCGCGGUAUUUGGAAGAAGGCAGAGAAGAAGAGUGUAACACGGACGCUGUCGUGUCGCCGGAGUUUUACACGUUAUUCACGGACAUCGUCCCCGCGCUCACUGGACUUGACGACCGUAUGGAGGCGGCCGCGGAGAGCCGCUCUCCCCGGGAGGAGGAGGAGCUCGAGGACGGAGAGAUCUGCGACGAUGAAGCCGAUGAGAGCGUGCCGCCUCGGCGGGGGGAUGGUAACAGGCCGUUCCGCGGAGCUCCUCUGCGGACACGAAAGCUCCGCAAACACCCGCACAACAUGCUGCCACGCAUGGGACACCAACCGCCGGACUUCCGCCUUCUGGGACCGUACAGCCUGGGAGCUCAUGGACACGGUCCUUUCCCUCCGGCUCACAGGCAGCAGUGUGGGCCUAGUGGGCCCGACCGGCCUCUCUCUCCCCCGCUUCCGCCUCCGAUGCCUCCGCCGCCGGUAACCGUCCAGCACGGAGAGCCCAGCCCGCGCUCCAGCUUCUGGGAGCGAAGCCAUGGAGCACUGGGCCGGUUCAGGCACCGGGGUAUGACCAACGGCGGACACGGGGCCUGGAACAGAGGCAACAGGGACCCGGUCGGUCGGUUCGGGUUCGGAGAGAAUCACGGCAUCAAGACCGACUCGCUGUCCAGAAAACAGAAGCCCCUGGGCCGGAAUCAUGUGACUCAGGUGAGGAAAGUCAUCCACAGUGUCUCCAGAUCAGAGGACAGUGUGGACGAGUCCUUCGAGGACCUGCUGUCCAAGUACAGACAGAUUCAGCUGGAGCUUGAGUGUAUCCGUAAAGAGGAGACCAUGGCACUGGAGCCCAAACCGUCUGUCACCAGAGAGGGCACUGCAGACAACACUGCCACAGGUCCAGGAGCCAGACCGGCACCCGAAGUUGAUCCAUGUCCAGCCGGAUUAGAGGAGGUCUCAGAGCUGGAGACAUCGGAGAAGAAAGUGUUCCAGGCAUUCAACAUCAAACCUCUGCGUCAGAGACUGGCUCUGCCCGCUCACCUGGGUCCGCUGAAGAAGACUGGAGACGAGGACACGGAGAGACACGCCGAGGGAGAGGAGAGGAGACAAGAAGGUGAUUACAAAGAUUCGCGGCCUGACGCCGAAGUCAAGGAGACCACGUGUUCGUGCUGCGAGGAGGAAACAAAGACGUGUUCCGUCUGCAGAGAGUCAUCGGCCUCCAGCGAGGGAUCGUCCGUCUCUCCUGACAAGCCGGCGGUGAAGGUGGAGGAGGAGGAGCUGUCGGAGCUGCAGCUGCGUCUCCUUGCGCUGCAGUCGGCGAGUAAGAAGUGGCAGCAGAAGGAGCAGCAGGUGAUGAAGAAGAGCAAAGACCGGAUCACCAGAGCCUCACAGGACCAAAAACCCAACCCCGGCCCAGCAGCCACUCCACCCGGCAGGAGAGUCGCCACCAGGUUCACCUCGUCUGCAGCCACAGAGAGGAACAGAACCCGGGACCGAGACCGCUCAAAGACCAGCACACGACCCCCAGUCAGAGAGCGGGAGAGGCCUGUGGAGCGAGCCCGACCCAAACAGAAUCUGAAACCUGGUCUCAAAACUCCCCCGGAGAGAGGCCACAUGCCAGGGAGGCCUCACAUGACCAAGAAGAUGGUCAGCCCAGGCUCUGCAGCAAAGCAGGCGCUGAGGAAGCAGCAGCUGCGGACGUGGAAGCUGCAGCAGCAGCGGCAGCUGGAGGAGAAACGGCGGCAGGACGAGGAGGAGCGGCGCCGGCGAGAGGACGAGAUCCGGCGGAUCCGGGACCUGUCCAAUCAGGACGAACAGUACAAUCGUUUCAUGAAGCUGGUGGGAGGAACAGCGAGGACACGCAGUAAGUCCAGGGACUGUGAACACAGGAAGUCCACGGGUAAACCGGGCCUGGACACCUCAGGAAACCUCUACCAGUACGACAACUAUGACGAGGUGGCGAUGGACACGGACAGCGAGACGGGUUCUCCAGUCCCGUCUCCGACUCACAGUCCAUUCCGGUCUGAAUGUCCAGGUGUUCCACAGGUUCCUCCGUACGGGACAGAUGUGACGUCGUUUGGACCGCCCUUCCCCCACCCCCUGCUGCCUGGUGUCACUCCCCCCCCACCGCCCCUCCCUCCCCCCCCUGAUGAGUUGGAGCCUCCUCCUAAACCACCAUUUGCUGACGAGGAGGAGGAGGAGGAGAUGCUGCUGAGGGAGACGUGUCUUAUGUCCAUGGCCAACAAGAGGCUGAUUGAGGAGAAGAGCGUCAGUGGCCCUGCCUCCCCUGUGACCCCGCCCUCCCUGGGCGCUGGUGUACAGCUGCCGUCCAGAGGAAACCUGAGCACGGUCAGUCUGAACACGGUGUCUCAGCCUCGGAGCAACAAGUACUCCAGAGGAAGCCACGCCCCUAGAGCGCCGCUGGUGCUGCCCAGACACAAGGCAGUGGUGGUUUCCCUCAACGACUCUGACGACAGCGACUCGGACAUGGACGCCUGCAGCGCCACCCACAGUAUGUUUGGUGGACUGGAGUUCAUGAUCAAAGAAGCCCGCAGGACGGUGGAGGCAGCGAAGCCUAAAGGAGCACCGGUGUGUGAGAAGGAGAACAACCCGCUCAGAACCCCUGAGGCUUUACCAGAAGCUAAGAAGGCCGAGUAUCGUCUGCUCAAAGAGGAAAUAGCCAGCAGGGAGAAGCAGAAGAUGAUGAUGAAGAUGAAGGAUCAGGUUCCUCGGAGUUCCAUCUCCUCUGUAGCUUUGGAGUCUGUGACGGAAGCGUCUGAACGAGUGGCAGCGGAGGUGAAGCUGAGAGAGGUCGAGCAGAGACUCUGCAAAAACAGAGAGCUGCUGCAGAGAGACGAGGCCGUCCUCCGACACCUCCUCCAACAGGAGCUGAAGAAGAGAGAGUCUCUGAAGGCGUCUGAGGCUAAAGUGGCUAAACUGAGGGAGCAGCUCCAGGCCUCAGAGAAGAUCGCCAGUGCCAACAGGACGCUCCUCAAGAAGCUCCAGGAGCAGGUCCACCGUGUAGAGCAUCGCGUGUCCAUUAAGAAGGGUCUGGCUGUGCGGUUGGAGCAGGAAGUGUCUCAGGCUCAGCUGGCUGCUGGAAGAGGGACCAAACGCAGAGCCGACUCUGUCCAGACCACAGUGGCAAAGCGUCACAUGAUGGACGGCGGCUCCGAGCGUCACUUUGCGGAGCUCAUUGCUCAGAAGCAGCGUCUGCAGCAGCUGGAGUCUGAAUACGCUCUGAAGAUCCAGAGGCUGAAGAAGGCCCAGGCUCUGAGGAACAGAGUCCCGUCAGAACCACCGUCAGAACCCCUGCCAAUGCCACGAGCCUCCACUCCUCCAGACCCUAACGUCCAGGCUCCACCCCCCUCCAGCCCAUUCCCUGUGCCACAGCCUUCGCUGCAUGACCUCACACAGGACAAACUCACUCUGGACAACGAAGACGUCACAGAGACCGACGAUCCUGAAACAGAACCUGCAGCUGCUGCCCGAGGCCCCCGGCGCCAGUCCCUGCGUCAGUCCAGCUCCUUCACCAAACCCCAUCUAGAGCAGCUGAGCUCCGCCCCUCCUAAAGACAUUUCCAAACCCACCAAGACAUCGACCAGUGCCACGCCCCCUGCUGAGACGUUUGCAGGUCUGGACCUGGACGCUCUGAAGCUCCGGUACCAGCAGCAGGCGUCACUCAGAGAGCUUCUGCAGAGGGAGCUGCUGAGACUGGACGAGAACAUGGAGAACCUGCCACCUGGACAGGUGAUUACGUCAGUGGACGUGGACGCGGGGACAAGUCCAUCAGGGAGUCCAGAACUCAGACCGGUUCCCUUUGGUCCGUAUCACAGUCCUCUGCUGGUGUUCAGGUCCUACAGGUUCAGUCCGUACUACAGGACCAAGGAGAAACUGUCUCUGAGCUCUGUGUCCUACAGCAACACCAUCCAGCCUAGAAAGUUCUUCUGUCGCUUUGACCUCACAGGAACCUGCAACGAUGACGACUGCCGCUGGCAGCACAUGAGGAACUGCACUCUGACCGGGACUCAGCUGUUCCAGGACCUUCUGUCCUACGACUUGUCUCUCAUCGGCUGCUGUGAGAGCAGCUGUGACGAGGACGUCAGUGCAGCCACAGAAAAGUACAUGAAGAAACUGUUUGGCACCAACAAAGACCGCAUGGGCGUGGACCAGAAGGCCGUCCUCCUCGUCAGCAAAGUUAACGAGAGCAGAAGACACGUCCCUCCUUUCACCACCUGCAAAGACACCAGGCGGUGGAGACCCAAGCCAUUGGCACCGGGCGGCGAAAGCCCCGAGGACGACGGCGAGCAUGCGGCGUCUGGAGCAGACGUGACACCUGAGGGACACGAGGAUGCACACUCUCAGACUGUCCUUCCUGCGCUGGACAUGUGUGUCGUCUCACCAGAGGACAAACGAUACUUUGUCAGUGAAACGGACGACAUUUCAAACCUGGAGAGCAGCGUCCUGGAAAGUCCUGGAGAAACUCAGCUGUGGAUCAAACUGGCCUUCAAGUACCUGAGUCAGGACGACACCUCAGCUGCAGACGGUCUUGAAGCGGCUCUCAACACUCUGUCUCGGGCGUUGGAGAGGAACUGUGACGACCCGGAGGUUUGGUGUCACUACCUGUCGCUCUUCUCCAGAAGGGGCAGCAGAGAGGAAGUGCAGGAGAUGUGUGAAAUGGCGGUGGAGCACGCGCCCGACUACAGAGUGUGGUGGAAUUAUCUGACCCUGGAGAGUUCUUUUGAGGGGAAGGACUACGUGUGCGAGCGCCUGCUGCAGUUCCUCACAGCCACGUCAUCGUCACCAGGUGUCGCAGAAAAAGUGUCAUUCCAGCUGAUGGAGGCGCUGUUGUACCGCGCUGACCUGAGCGUGUUCACGGGGCGGGUUGAGAACGCACUCGCCGUCUUACAGAACGCUCUGAAGUCACCUGAUGACCGCGGCAUCGCUGACCACCUGACCGUCACAGACCGCGCUCUCGUCUGGCUCUCGUUUAUCCACCUGACGGAGUUCGAGCGUCUGCCGUGCAGCUUGUACGAGGCGUCGGAGUCCGGUCCGUCCAGACUGGUCAGCACAGAGUCCUUCCUGCUGCCAUGGAGGAAGCCACAGGACAUCAGGACGCCGUAUCAUGUCCUCAUCGCUCUUUUCCAAGACGCCAUCAGUCAGUGUAGAGAUGAGUCUCAGUCUCCACGAGAGAGGACACUGGCAAGUCUUCCUCUUCACCUGAACCUCGUCCUCCUCUACAAGCUGCUGCACAGGUACGACGAGGCGCUGACGGUGUGUGAGUCUUUGCUGCAGCUCUGUCCAGACUCCUGCUCUCUGCGGGCGGAUGUGGUGGACCUUCACCUCAGGAGAGGAGACGGUGGUCAGGCGGUGAACGUGUGGCUUCAGGCUCUGGCUGAGUGUCCUGACAACGCUGAGGUCUUCUACCACUGCUGCAGGUUCCUCGUGACUCAGGGGAAGGUGAACGCCGUCGCUCCCCUGUUCCGGGGCUUUGUCUUGUCCCUGCUGGAGGACGAGCAGAGUCAAAAGACACCAGUGGACGUCCUUCGACACAUCCUGGGUUUUCCCUCAGACAAGCUUCUGCGAGGAGUUCCCGUCAAGAAGGAUCUGCAGGAGCAGCUGAGCCAGCAGAGGGCGCACCUGCACCUCAUCCACUGUCACUGGCAGUGGUUUCACGGCUCUGUGGACGACACUGUCGACGCCUUUGAGCGAGCGCUUGGCUCCGCCCUGAAGCUGGAUCAGCUGCACACACUGUGGAUGGACUACCUGGAGUUUAGCAGCAGUCAGCUGACCAAAGGCCCCGCCCACAGCCGCUCCAGAGUCUUCUCAGAUCUGGUCCAGCGCUGCCUCAGCACCGUCCCAACUCGACUGGAGCUUCCGUUCAACACUGCUGAGUUCUGGAGCUGCUACCACUUUCAUAACAAGGUGAUCAGUUUCUACCUGAGCCUCCUCCCACAGUCCCAGCAUGCACUGGUGCUGGAGAGACUGAGAUCUGCCACGCCCACCAACACUGAGCUCAACCUGAGGUUGCUGUGUGAGGAGUAUCAGGAGGGAAACCUGCAGCAGGUGAAGUUGCUGACUCGACUGUUGAGCAGCAACUUUCCCAGAAGUCUUAGCGUUUGGAAACUGGCCAUCGCCGUGGAGACGGAGCUGCAGCAGCUGUCAGAGGUGCGACUUCUGUAUCAGCAUGCGACGAGGCUCCUCCCACUGAGCGCUGAGCUGUGGACACAUCGCCUGCUGUUUGAAGCUGCAGACGACGCCCCCUCUGACCGGCUGAGACGUUUGGUGGACUGCUGCGAGGAGGUGGGCGUGAGCUUAGUGGGCGGAGCUCAGAGUCGGUCACUGACGUCUGCAGACUGAUGUAACAAAAAGACGGCAGCCGAUUGGCUGCAGAGCAGACGAGGUAAGGCAGACGUCCUCACUCCGCCCCCUGCAGGACGCCGCCUGCCAUCGUCCUCAUGUGGGCGUGGUCUGAAGUGCGUAAGUAUCGAGCUGCGUCAUGUCUCCUCCUCCUUUUGUUUCUGUCACUUUAAGUUUGAUGUCAUUUCCUCCCUUUGAUUUGACCUCACCUGAGGGGAGGGGCUGGGGGAGUUUGACUCCGCCCCUCCUCCUGUAGUCCACCUGUGUUUAUGACUUUGAUUAAACUGAUGAUUGAUGGUGGGACUGACCACAGACACUGACCCACGCCGCCGCAGCACAGACGUCAUGUGACCACGUGGAAUGUUUUUCAUUUGUCGUGAUGAAAGAUUCUAAUGUUAAUAAAUUAUUUUCUACUAAA